CGAGCCAAUGCCAAUGCUCCUCUCAGUUGGACUUCCGGGUUUGUUUUGUUUUCCUACUGUUACAAUGGCUGCAGAGAGUGAUUUUCUAACGAGAUAUCGUGCUGUGUCAAAUAAACUGAAAAAACGUUUUCUUCGGAAGCCAAAUGUAGCAGAGGCAAGUGAGCAGUUUGGCCAACUAGCCAAAGAGCUAAAGCAGCAGGACUGCCUGCAGUAUGCUGCCUUCUGUAACCUGGCCAUGGCUCGAUGUGAGCAGACACUUUUUAACGCUCCUGGGGAGGCCCUGGCAUUAACCGAAGCUGCCCGCCUUUUUCUCUCAUCUGAGAAGGAGACCAGGGCCCUGCAGGCCCCAGGCUUUGAUGAACACCUUCAGGCUGCACUCAAUUGCUACAGCUUUGCCAUCAAGGUGUACAUUGAAAUGAACCAGCCUAUGAUGGCAGCCAGCCUGUGUCUAGAAGUUGGCAAUGCACUCAAGGAGAUUAACAGACCAGGAGAGGCUAUUGUUCAUUUUCAGAGGGCUGCAGAACUGCAAACGCAGAUGCCGAUUGAAGCGCUGCUGUCAAUGGGAGAAAUGGCCACGUGUAAAAUUAUCACCCGUGACUAUGAUGGUGCUUUGUCAGUGUUCACAGAGAUGCAGCUGAUGUGCCAGGAGAGGGGACUGCAGCUGCCUGGCACCAGCACCCCAGUGGGUGCAUUUCUGGACAUUGUGGCAAAAUGUGAGAUCUCCAGAGUAUUACUGCUGAUGUUGCUUGAGCCUCCGCCUCAAAAGCUGUUACCAGAACACGCACAGACCCUGGAAAGAUAUGCAUGGGAGUCCUUUGACCCUCACAGCCAAGUGACCUUCCUGCCUGAGAAUGUUUUCCUGCUGCUGCAGUCAGUUGUGAUGGCGUGUCAGGAGAAAGACACAGAGUCUCUCAAGUCUCUUCAGACAGAGCUAUGGCCGUUUCUGACCGCUGAGCAGAAUCACCUUCUCCACCUGGUGGUUCAGGAGCGCAUCAUGCCAUCUGGCCAAGGCAUUUAGUGGUCCAGUUUUUCCUCAUUUACUCCAGGAACAAUAAGUUAUAUAAUAGAACAUUCCUGUUUAUGGCUUGGUCUGUUGUAAGGCCUGAUGAAAUGUGGUUUUCAAAACUUUCAUGUUGUAACUUAAACUCAGAGAAAACAUGCAAUUCAAAAAAUGUUCCCACAUUAAGCAAAGUCAGAUUUAGAAAUUUGAGAAAAUCCAACCGCAUUUUCUAGGAAGUAUGUUAUCCUUUAUUAGCUUGAUGUGAUGAUGUUUGUCUGGAUGCUAACAUUAAAGUUAAAUGAUUUUAAUCAAGUUGUUUGCUCUUAUCCAAGUGAACACUACAAAGCUGGACAAGUGAGUGUUUUGGAUUUUGUUGUAUUUACAGAAGUUUGAGAUUAAACAAAUUCCUUGUUA